AUGGAGGACUUGCUGAACACGGAGAUAGGGAAGAACGACUAUGACUGGCUUCUGACACCCCCUGGAACUCCCCGUGUUCCUGCAUUAGAUGCUGCUGAGAAAGCCCCAUCCUCAACUGUGACUAAACGUACUGUUGCCAGAUCAUCCUCGACAACUAGAGCAUCUAGGCUUUCCACUUCUGAGACAGAGAAUGGGCAUUCGACAUUUCCCACUAGGCCAGCACGAAGUAUAUCUGUCUCCCGCCGGGCAGUUCAAUCUACACCAAUGUCUAGCAACAGCAGGUCAUCAGUCCUCAAUGCUAACAUUUCCUCUGUUAGUUCAAGACCUACAACCCCAAGCAAGCGGACUGCCACUCUUAUUGCAUCAAAGCCAUCUGUUCCAUUGUCACGUCCAGUGCCAACACGGUCCUCUACACCUGUCAAAGCCCGUCUGUCUACACCAACUAAUACUCGUCCGUCUACUCCAGUGAAAAAUCGUCCUUCCGUGUCCAACUCUAUGACCAACUGUGUUGUUCCCAAGAACACAUCAGCACAAAGCUCAAGAUCAUCAACUCCAACCUCUCGGUCUCGAACCUUGUCCAGUUCAUCUUCAAGCAGUACAAGUGCAGUGAGCCGUCCCAGCUCAUCCUCUGGUAAAGUUCCUGCAAUAACUCGUACCAGUUCUUCGUCAAGUACAGUUCCUUCAGUGAGCCGUUCUAGCUCUCGGUCAUCCACACCCACUCGUCAGCCUGCCAUGCGUUCAUCAACACCAUCUGCUGGGCUGAUUUCUGGCAGCAAUAACAUGACAUCUAAUGGCAGACCCUUGGCCAGCAGUGGUCGGAGUUCAGCACCUUCGUCAGCGCCAUCAUCUCGUCCAAGUUCCCCAAAUACACGGACACGAGCUCCAGUUCGCCCACUAGAUAUUCCAGAUUUUCCAAGUGAAACUCCACCGAACUUAAGGACUAAACUGCCAGAACGACCACUCUCUACUGGUAGAGUACGGACAGGUAUUACUUCGGGUGUCAGGUCAACCCCAAAUGCUGAACCAGUUCUCUCAGCUCCUGUAAAAAAGAUGUCUGUGCCUGCUAUCACUCGGAGUAAGUUCUCAGAUAUGCAAUCAAAGACAUCUCUUACCAAUGGUCACCAAAGUAGGCCGAGCGAAAGAUCUCUUUUGGAAGGUCAAACAACUAGAACCUCACGGUCUGUCACAGCUGCAGAUAAUGGAUUCGGUAGGACAAUAUCGAGGAAGUCACUUGACAUGGCUAUCAGGCACAUGGACAUUCGACAAAAUUUGGGUGGCAUCCGUGGUACAUCUCUAUUUCCUCAUAGCAUUCGAUCUACUACUACCAAGGGGCGACCAGCUCGAGCCUCAGAUCCAGGCCAUUCCGUCUCAAAUGGUGACCGAUACUUCACAGAUAAUGGCAGCAGCAAUGGGCACUUCUCUGGAGAUUCUAGUGGUGCUCUUUCACAUAAUGGCGGGAGCUCAAUUGGUUCCCCUGAUAGGGAAACCUUUGGAACAAAAGAGGUUCUGAGUGAACUGGAUGCCAAUUCACGAUACGAGGCAAUGUUGCUGAAGGAGGACACCAAGAACAUGAGUUGGUUGCACAGCGUGGAUGACAAGUCUGACCAGAGCCCAGUGUUUGAUCAUAGGUUCGAGCCGCUCCCUGAGCCAUUUGGUCCGCUAUGA